CGUUGCUCAGGCCUGGCGGCGGGCGGAGCGGCACCGCCCGGCCCGGCCCUCAGGGCGCGGCCUGGCCCCGGGAGCGGCGGAACACGCGCGGCUGCGGUGCCGGCAUGUCAGAGGAUUACAGAUGGAAAAGAAAAGCCAAGGAAAGUAUUUUUAAGCAUUACAGAAUAAAGAAAUGUGCCCUGAAUGGAGUUGUCUGGCCACGUAAUCGCUGUGAAGUUUUGUAAUGGCAGAAGCUAGGUCUUCAGGAAUCAAAAGAUCCCAAACAAGUUUGUCACUCAGUAAAAAUAAGAAGAAAAAAGAAACAACAAAAAAGGUGGAAGUUACAGGAAUACCAUCUGCACCUCCAGCAUCAUCCUCUAUUACUUCCUUUUUUAACAAUGUUCCCCCUGCCAAGGUUAGCUGUCCCAUGUGUGGGCAAUUGGUGCCAAGAUAUGGAAUAAAUAAGCACAUUGACGAAACAUGUCAGAGAAACCGUGGUGAGAUUGGUGCCAUUGAUGCUACACUGAAUUCAUUUAGGAAUAAGAGUCCCCCAGCUGCAAAUCUAAGCAAUAAUUCCAGCUCAUAUUUUUCAAAAAACCUCUUAAAUCUAGAAACAAGUCCUUCCAAAAGUAAUUUAUUGAAAGCAGGAGGGAGUGCAACACAACAGACUAGUCCUUAUUUUAGCAAUAAAAGUUCAGUCUUCAGUGUGAACAGUGAAUGCCAGGCUCGAGCAGUUAGAACAGUCUCCUUGGGAAGCUUGUCUGCCAAGCUGUCCAGAAGACGCUGCCUGCAGGGAGGAAAACAGGUCCUGUAUGAAGAGAUCAACUCUUCACCUCCAGCUGUUCACAGUGCCUGUGGAACUGCUGCAGCCCCUGAUGAUGAUGAUGGUGAUGAGAUUGAUGCUGGGCAGGGUUCUCAGAAAGAAAAUCAGCCUUCUCAGAGAGAGCCCCAGGAACAACGUUUUUCAAAGAAGGAACCUGAGUUUCAAAAUGAAAUAAACAAAUGUAAUAGAGAAGACCUUGUGGAUAUGGUUCAAGUACAAUUACUGGCUGAUAACGGUAAGGACGAAAGGUUCAUAUCUGGUACCAGGAGCACCAAAGCAGAAAGCAGCUCUGAAGGUGGGAUACUUAGUCCUGAUAGAUGUGAAACAUCUCUAGACAGCCAUACUUCUGCAGAGCUGACCACUAAUUUGGACAUUGAGACUCAGCCUCACACUGAGGUUACUCCUUCAAAGACAGAAGUGAACAGUGGGACAGAAAAUUGCUUUAGCAGGGAUGAUGCAGAGAUGCUUCCUGUGGAAGUUCUUGAAGACUUUAAGAAUGACAUGAACCAUCCUCUGUUAGAAACUGUGGAAAAGACAGAAUCUCAGGAUUCCACUGGGGACAUUCUAGACAAAAUAGAUGAGGUCCUGUCUGUGCCCAGCUCUCCUGGUCACCCAUACUACCUCCAGAAUUUUCUAGUAGUGCUGCGAGCCGUAUUGCAGAAUGAAGAUGAUGUCAGACUAUUUAAUGAACAAGAUUUGAACAUUAUAACCAAGUUCUACAAAUUAUCAGUUGGUGGGCAGAAGUUGUAUGUGAGACUUUUUCAACGCAAGCUGAACUGGUUAAAGGUGAACAAAAUAGAGUAUGGGGAGAUAAGUGUGGAUUUGUCACCAAUAGUUGAAGAACUGGCUGAAGCCAAAUUCCUACAAACAGAAUCUGAAUUGGAAGACCUGUGUGAAGGGUUGGAUUUGCUUUCAGCCCCUGAGCUGAAAACACUGGCAAAAAUCUUUCAUUUGCCAAACCCAAAUGGUCAGAAACAGCAACUUGUGGAUGAUUUUCUGAAGUUGUCAAAGCAGCGUUCCAUCUUCAGCAGGAGUCAGGCUGGUAUUGGGACAGUGAUUUUAAAAAGGGUGAAGGACCUGGCUGGAAGAUGUGUCAGGGUGUGCAGAGAUGCUCGGGCUGUCUUUUCCCGAAUGCUGCUGCUCUUUGCACUGCCUGAGUCGCUGGAGGAGGAAGAGGCUGGCAGUGCCGGUCAAGGCCUGCUCUCCACAGUCCUUAGGGCAAACAUGGGGCACAUGGUGUUCCCCAGUUACACAGUAAACAGGAAAACACAGGUCUUCCAGGACAGAGAGGAUCUCAUCAGGUAUGCAACUGCUGUUCAUCUGUCAAAUGAUAUAGCCACUGCAAUGGUAAAUGGGAACUGGGAAGAAGCUAAUAAUCUCUAUUUGUAUGCUAAAGAAACCUGGAGUGAACUGAAGAAUCACCCCUCUUUGAGCUAUCACAGAACUUUACCUGAUUACCUGCGGCGUUUCACAGUUGGCUGGGUGUACACAAGAAUCCUUUCUCAAGGAGUUGAAAUUCUGCAGAGACUUCACAAGUAUAAGGAAGCAGUGCAGCAGCUGCAGAGCCUCCUGGCCCAGGAUGUGUAUUGUACUGACAGCAGAGGGAGAUGGUGGGAUCGGCUGGCUCUGAAUUUACAUCAGCACUUGAAAAACACUAAGAAGGCCGUCGGCUGCAUCCAGAGGGGGCUGGCAGACGCGGCCGUGCGCACCGGGCACCGCCUGUCCCUGUGCCAGCGCGCCCUGCGCAUCCGGGACUCCCCCAGCUGCAGGCAGCUGCAGGGCCUGCUGCAGGACCUGCCCCUCCUCACCGUGCACGAUGUCACUCACGUUACAAUCAGUGGAAAGAUGUGUCCUCAGACGGGAAUGGGAAAAUCUGUGUUCCUCAUGGAGGAUAUUGGUGAUGGAGAAGGAGGCCAGGACUGCAGUGUAUCCACAGUCAUGUGCUCAGUUGAGGAGCUGGCAUUAACUCAUUACAGGAGGAAUGGUUUCGAUCAGGGUAUUCAUGGGGAAGGCUCAACUUUUAUUACACUGUAUGGGAUUCUAAUGUGGGAUAUCAUUUUCAUGGAUGACAUACCUGACGUGUUCAGAAAUUCCUAUCAGACAUCCCCCCUGGAUUUAUACACUGACAGCUUCUAUGAGAACAGGAGGGCUGUCAUUGAGGCCAGACUCCAGCAGCUUCACACAGCUUCCUCAGAGACGCUGGCAGAGCUGGUGGCUGACGUCUGGACCACUCAGGAGGGAAAAGCAGCAGCUCUGGUUAACUGGGGACGUUUUACUUCCCUCCAGCAAGUCCAGAGCCUGGUCUCUUGCCUUGGAGGAAGGUUCCUGAGCGGUGUUUUCCAGCGGCUUUCCAGGGACCUGCGGCACUGCCGGGGGGGCCUGCCCGACCUGCUCGUGUGGCGCUCCCACAGCCAGCACUUCAAGCUGGUGGAGGUGAAGGGCCCCAACGACCGCCUGUCUCCCAAGCAGAUGCUGUGGCUGAGCGAGCUGCACAAGCUGGGGGCUGCAGUGGAGGUUUGUCACGUGCAGGACGUUGGGGGCAAGAGCAAACGCCUCAGCUGACAGAGGAAAUAAUUUCUUUAGGCUGGGAAGCCAAGACAAAGAAGGCUGCUACUGCUAAUCCAAGGGCACCUGCAGCACGACCCCCGAGUGUGAGCACAGCCCCUGCGAGCCCCCCCGGUACCUUGGAGCGCUUGAAGGUGCGGAGGGCCCCGUUGUGCACGCUGGGCGCGCUCUUGCCGAUGUACAGCGGGUUGUGGAACAGCAGCCGGUCCCGGUUCGUGAACUGCAGAGACCAGUCCCAAACACACGGAAACCUGAGGCCUUUCUCAUCACCCAGCUGAAUGUUUUUGCUUAUAGCAAAUUCCUGCAAGACGUUACCAUUCAGACAGAUUAAAAUCAAAGAAAAUGGGCUUCUCAUGAAUCUUAAAACCAGUGGGUAACUACUGGGCAAAGAGGAGCAGGGUAGCACAACAGAGCAGCAAGACAGCUGAAGAAAACAGUUGCUCUGCAUUUGUGCAGUUACUUUUCAAUUCUAUUUAAUUGUUUGUUGGCAAACUCGCAUUUUGAGAAUUCACCCAUAGUCCCUCAAUGCUUUACUUCUUUGUAAAGUUUCUACCUGUAACUUUAAAGGCAAAAUAUUUCAUGAAAUAAGUAAGUUUCACUUUUAUCAGCCAUCAAAUAUUUUCUACACGCAGUUGUGAUAAGCUCGUUUUCAAAAACAAAUUUAAGUGUUCAGUUUUCUAAAUGCCUCCAUUGUGCAAUACUAUUGGAACUUUAUGCAGCAUCUGGAACUUUUUCAACUAUUUAAACAAUUAUGUCAAAGAGAUUUCAAAGUUUGCCUGAAGCAUGAAAUUCUAUUUAUUGCCUGUCAUUCUACUUUCUGAGUUCCAGAUACAGAUUUGCUUCCUAGAGGAGUACAAAUAACAAUGCAGAGUAGCAACGUUUUCCUAGGAAAAAAACCACAAAUAAAUUCAAUAGACUUUCUUCUUGAAUAGUUAAGUCACUGUCUCUGCACAGAUCACCUGAAAGUCAUUAUGACUGAAUUUACUUGGGGACCUGAGAGUUUAGCCCCAAACAGAGUGUGACAAUUGGAAGGACACACAGGAAGCAUUGAACUGGGAUGCUGUUAUUCCCAGGGGGCAGGCUGCAGUGUCCUGCUGGACAAGCAGGUGCAGCCCCUCCUACUCACAGUGCUCUCCUUGACUCGCUGGUGGGGGCAGUUGAAGAGGAAGGUGCCGAACAAGGAGAUGCGGGCGCUGUCGUACAGGAUGGUCAGGUACACCUCCGAGAACUCAAAGGCUGCUGGGUACUGUUCCAGCAGCUGCCAAACGCAGUCAAGGAACAUCAAGAACAAAGGAGACUGGGAAAAGAAACAAGGAAUGAUCAGAUUUAACAUAAGCUUUUCCCAAA